AUGGACGUGCAGGAGAAGAAGGUGAUCAGGUGGAAGAGGGAUUUAUUAUCGGCCAACUUGACGUGGGAUGAGGCGACGAUCCGGAAGUUGAAGUCUUACGAUCUCAUCUGGGACGCACUCGUCAACGAAAUCGAGGAGACCGAAAUGAAGAAUUGUGAAAAAAUUUGGAAGUACCUUGAGCACUUGAUGAGAGCUAAAUUAGACAAAAACGUAUUCAACGUACUGUGCGAAUUUUUAGACGAAGAAAACCCCUGGAUCAGCUCUGAACUUCGAGUAGAGCUGAGUUUGGAGAGAGGCCAAUUGAAAAUUGAUGACUACAUCAAGAACGAGGCUUCCACACUCGUCCACAGACUCUUUGGAACCACAAAACGCCUCUCAGAGGGUGAGAAGCGCCAGCUGGAGCAACUGCUCGCCGUCAGAACUCAAUGCACGAAAAAUAUUUGGAUCAAAAACGUGGAACAAACUAAACAAGCCCUGACCGAGCAAAUCGCGUUAGCCAAACAUAAAGAUGCAGUUCUGAAAGGGUUGAUUCGAAAGAUUCAUGCAUUCAUCAACCAGAGUCGCUCCAUCAGCAUGGCGAGUUCUCGUGGAAGCAUCGACACCGAAGAUGGAAACUCGGACGAAAGUACCACUCGGUAUGCUGUUUUCAUGUAA